AUGGAUCCACAGAACCACUCGGACGACACCGAGUCCAUCAAGCCCGUCUCCUCCCUCCGCGCCCAGUUCGAGAACCUCCUCAGCGCGAACAGAGCUCCCGCAGCCCCUGCGACCCCGCGCCAGCGCUCGCCAGGCCCCGCAGACCGCCUCGCUGUGUCAGAGGACCACCGCAGGACUGACGGGCGCAUCUCGCUCGACAUACCACGCGACCACAUAGACAGGACGCCACCUAGUGUGGCUGGCUUGAGCGGAAAUGGCAGGCCUACGCCGCGAUCUUCCACACUGCGAGCGCCAUGGAGCAAUCCCAAACCGCGGCCGACGUCCAUGGUGGCCUUCUCGCCACCCAGAUCACCUACGCGGCCGCGCGCACGGUCGCCGCCCAAAGUCAUGGUGCAGUCGCCCAGAUCCCCAUCAGCGAGCAUGACCCCUCCGAUCCUCUCUCCCCGUCCUUCUCGCCCGACUUCGCAUGCGGCGCUCGACUCUCCCUCUCCGCCGGUAGUGUCGAAACUGUUCAAGAUUGCGAGCAGGAAUGGCACUCCUGGCCUCGAAGCGAAGCCGCUCUCUGCUACAGUCACGGGCUCUAGUGUGUCAGGCGAUGCUCGUAAGAAUGAUCGACCGACUGCGUCUGCGCCGCCGAUGCCUCCGCCUGUCAAUCGAGCUGGGAAGCCAAAGAUACCAGCCAAACCACAGUCGGUUGAUGCUGCGGCACGGCCGAGGGGGAGGCUGGAACCAGCUGCGAAGUCUGAAGAGGAGCGUAUUUCUCCUUUCAACACACCUCCCAGCAGUGCAGGAAGCGCGAAAGCGCCGGACCCGUCUCCACCUGCGUUACCCAUGGCCUCAAAACCGAAAGGAAUACUGAAGGACGGCUACUUCCCGCCGCCGCCUGUACACCACGCAGUGGCUGAAAAGCUUCCCUCUACGGACUCUAGGAUCGCGAAUCAACCGCCCAAGCGCACGUCACCACCUGCUGCGAAUUCGUACAGGAAUGGCGACACCCAGGACGAUCGGCCGGCUCUACCUGUGAGACGCGAGAAGGAUACCACAGACCUGAGAAAGAGCGUACAACUGCAGCGGGCAGCUCCACCGGACGUGCCAGUGCGAAGAUCGUUUGACCAGGGGCGACCCUUAUCGCUGGCAACGGACGACAGCGCCAAGAUGAUGCCUCCACCGCGGCGGACGCAAACGAUCAACUCGACUACACCGCCAAGAUCCCUUGGGCCUCCAGAGCCGCCACCGCCCCGCAAAUCUGGAGAGAUGAGAAGACCAACGCCAACACCGACCCCGCCUCCCCAACAUCCACCUCGAAAAGCCUCGCAAGCAUACACAUCGUACGACUCAGAUGGGUCCGAUACUUCUCUCGAGAAGCAACCGACAGCAGCGCUGACCGACUAUCCCGACUCGUCGCAAGCCAAUCGAAGACCACCCACGUUUCCAGAUACAAUAGGAGGGAUACCCACAGGAUACGACACCAAGCUUUUUGCCGUUUCCGGUGACUACAUAUGUACAACAGGUUACGUGACAAACGUAUGGAGCGUACUGAGUGGGCGACUAUUGAUGAGCUUGAGCCACGGCGACACCGUGAAAGCCACAGCAGUAGCCUUUAGGCCCACAAAAGAUGUAGAGGACAAAGGCAAGCGGUUAUGGCUGGGCAUGAACACGGGCGAGAUGCACGAGAUCGACAUACCCACGCAAAGUGUAGUGUUCACUAAGAAUGCUCACGCACGGGCGGUGAUCACCAAAAUCUUCAGAUAUGCAGGAGAGAUGUGGUCAUUGGAUGACGCAGGGAAGCUCCAUAUCUGGCCAGCAGACGAGUCUGGCUCGCCAUCACUGCACCAAGCACCUCUCACCUAUCAGAUCAGGGGAGGGCAUACAUUUUCGAUCGUGUCUGGGUCGCAAUUGUGGGUCGCUUACACCAAGGAGCUACGAGUGUACAAACGCACAGGAGACCACAACUACUUCCAACAGCUUAGCGACGGCAAGCUGUCACAACUUAACGUAGGAGAUGUAACGUCUGGGGCCAUCAUCAGCAGUCAACCGGACCGCAUCUACUUUGGCCAUAUCGAUGGGAAAGUGACGAUAUACGCCAAGAAAGGGUUCGAGUGUCUGGGUGUUGUCAAUGUCAGUCUGUACAAGAUCAGCGCGCUUGUUGGAGUUGGCGAUUAUCUGUGGGCGGGCUACAGCACUGGAAUGAUUUACGUGUACGACACGUCGUGCACGCCUUGGAAAGUUUUGAAGGACUGGAAAGCGCACGACAAGCCUAUCGCAGGAAUCGUUGCGGACCGAUCAAGUAUCUGGAAGCUCGACAGGUUCCAGGUCGCUUCGUUGGGCACAGAUACAAUGCUGCGCCUCUGGGACGGGAUGCUGAAGACCGACUGGCUUGAAACGUUGAUGCAACAACGCGACUCCGAGUAUUGCGAAUUCAGAGAGCUCUCUGCACGAGUCAUGACCUGGAACGCCGGAGCAGUGAAGCCGACCACCCUACGCCAGUCCGGAGAUCGCGACUUCCUCCGGGAUAUUGUUGAGCCUGAGAACCCUCCGGAUAUCCUAGUGUUCGGCUUUCAGGAACUAGUCGAUCUGGAGAACAAGAAGAUUACCGCCAAGAGCUUCUUCAAAAAGAAGAAACAGAAGGAAAGCUCCGAACACGAACAUAUGUCGCAUCAGUACCGAGCGUGGAAAGACCACCUGAUACGGGUAUUGGACGAGCAUGCCCCACGCGAGAACUACGUUUUGUUGCACACUGCCAAUCUUGUUGGCUUAUUCACCUGUGUCUUCGUCAAGUCGUCAGAGCGUAACAACAUUCGAGAUGUGAGCGCUGCCGAGAUCAAACUGGGCUUCAGUGGCCGCGUGGGGAACAAAGGCGCGCUCGUCGUUCGCUUCUUGCUUGACGACUCUUCUCUCUGCCUGAUCAAUUGCCAUCUUGCGGCGGGUCAGACCCAGACCACACAUCGAAACAACGACGCGGCAUCGAUUAUGGAAGCCGCGCCACUACCAAAGAACCGCUCGCCGUCGGAUUGCGCGAACUUCUUUGUGGGCGGUGGUGACGGCUCGAUGAUACUAGACCAUGAGAUAUGUAUUCUAAACGGCGACUUGAACUACCGCAUCGAUGCGAUGCCUCGAAACACGGUCAUCGACUGCGUACGGCAAGGCAACCUGGCCAAGCUCUUGGAGCGCGAUCAGUUGCUACUCUCUCGCAAGCGCAACCCCGGCUUCCGUCUGCGCGCGUUCAAUGAGAUGCCCAUCGACUUUGCGCCCACAUACAAGUACGAUGUCGGCACCGACAACUACGACACAUCUGAGAAGAAGCGCUCGCCAGCCUGGUGCGACCGUUUGCUCUACCGAGGCCUGGGUAGGAUCAAGCAACUCGAGUACAGGAGACACGACGGCGUGAAGGUGUCUGAUCAUCGACCAGUCAGCGGACGCUUCAAGUUCCGCGUCAAGACUAUCAACUCGAAGAAACAAGAAGCUGCACGAGAUAAGGCGGAAGUGGAGUUCGAAGCUGUGAGGAGGCGCAUCGCGAACGAUAUCAAGCAGGAUUAUCUGAUUAACGUAUUUGGGCUGUCUGCCAAGGAAGCUCAGCAAGCGCUCAAGAGCGCGUAG